AUGUACGACGAAGAGAAGGCCAUUCCUCUUCUCCCUCUUGUUUCUUCUCCACCAUCACCACCAUCUACAUCCUUGGCAGACAUCCACAACUACGGGAUCGAAGAGAAAACGAGCACAACGCCCACCAUGCCACCCACCUCACCUGUACCGGCAAGCCCUACCCCUCCUGCUACGCCAACAUGGACCACCCCAGCCACAGGUGUACGCAGCCAAGAAGCCCAGACUCGCAUGCUCUUAGCAGCUCAAGCCGCCGACCACGCAGCCAGGCAAAGGAACGGAGCCAUCAUGAUACACAUCAUCUGGGCGAUCACUGUCAUUGUCUCGUUGCCAUACGCAGCCCCCCUCCUCGGGACCAUCAUCAUUUUCGUCUUCAAACAGGUCAUGGCCGCCUUCGGACUGAGGGUGACGCUGUAUUCCGACAACAAUGAGCUACAUCAUACAAGCGGGUAG